AGAAAGCCACAAAUCUAGCAGCCAUUCUGCAAAUCUUGAGCUAAUCUUCAUAUAAAGUAGUCUUUCUCAUUCCGGUUACUUCACUUUCAUCUUCACUGUACCCCGAUAAUCACGCCCCCACCUCUGAUAAUGUGGCAAAGCCUGUGUUGACAAACACCUCUCAUGAUGUCCUUCCGCCUCCACCACCACCACCACCACCUCCUCCUCUUCCUCCUCCUGCCCGCCGCCAUUUCUCUCUCCUACCCUUUCAACUACACUUUACAUAUUGAUUGUGGUGGCCUAAGCAAUUCUACUGACGCAUUCAAGACUACGUGGGUCUCCGACCGCUACUACUCCGGCGGCGCCACCUCUGUCGUCUCCGAGCCCCUUCACUUUCUCCACCAGCAGGAGAAGACUCUUCGCUACUUUCCUAUCUCCUCCGGCAAGAAGAAUUGCUAUAGCAUACCCGCUGGCGUCGGCCGCUACUUCCUUCGGACGUUCAUUGUUUAUGACAAUUUCGAUGGCAAGUCCCACUCACCUUCUUUUGACGUCUCCGUUGAGGGUACUUUAGUCUUUUCUUGGCGCUCCCCAUGGCCCGAAUCUGUUUCUCGCUCUGGCGCUUACUCAGAUCUCUUCUUUUACUUGAAUGAUUCCGAGGCAGAUAUAUGUUUUUACAGCAUUGCCACUGAUUCGCCGGUUGUUGGGUCCCUAGAACUAACGCAAAUUGACCCAAAUGCAUACCCUUUUGACUAUACCAAAAAUUCCAGCAAUUACAUACUGGUUAAUUAUGGCAGGUUUUCAUCCGGGUCGGAUCAAUGGGGAUCAGGAUUUAGCAACGACACAGAUUUUUUUGGCCGGUCUUGGCAAUCCGGUGCUGACUUCCGAGUAGGAUCCGUGGCUAUUGCUACUGGGUCGACAAUCAAAGCUAUUUCUUCUAUAAAAAAUGUAGUAAACGUCGAAACAAGUCCAAAUUAUUUUCCUGAAAAGCUGUAUCAAACGGCGUUGACUGUUCUAGGAGAUGGUGGCGCGGCGCUGGAGUAUGAGUUACCUGUGGAUGCCAAGCUGGAUUAUUUGCUGUGGUUCCAUUUUGCAGAGAUUGAUGUUAGUGUGAAUAAGGCUGGGCAGAGGGUGUUCGAUGUGUUUGUGAAUGGGGAGAACGUGAGUAGGGUGGAUGUGUACAAGCAGGUCGGAGGAUUUGCUGCAUAUGAUUGGAGUUAUGUAGUGAAGAAUUUAAGUACUACUACUCUGAGUGUGAGGCUAGAGGCAGUUGUGGGGGCUCCAAUCAUUUGUGGGCUCGAGAAUUAUGCAAUUGUGCCAGUUGAUCUCAAGACUUCUCCUGAUCAGGUAAAUGCCAUGAGAGCACUGAAGGAGUCACUUCGUGUUCCUGACAGAAUGGGUUGGAAUGGAGAUCCUUGUGCCCCUACCACAUGGGAUGCUUGGGAGGGAGUUACAUGUCAUUCCAUAAAGGAUGAAUCUGUCCUUGUGGUAUCCCAAAUAGAUCUUGGUAGUCAAGGCUUGAAGGGGUAUAUUAGUGACCAAAUAGGUCUCUUGACGAAUUUGGUAAGCCUGAACUUGAGUUCUAACUCUCUAGGAGGAGAUCUGCCAUCAGGGUUGGGCCAAAAGUCUCUUGUGAAGCUGGAUUUAUCGGAUAAUAAGUUCACUGGGGUCAUACCAGAUAGUUUGACUUCAUCUACUUUGCAGCUCGUGUUAUUGAAUGAUAACUUACUGGAAAGUCAAGUCCCAGAGGAACUUUAUUCGAUUGGGGUGCAUGGUGGAGCUAUUGACCUUUCUGGCAACAAAGGCUUGUGCGGUGUACCCUCAUUGCCUGAUUGUCCACUAUUUUGGGGUAAAAAUGGCUUAUCUACUGGUGGCAAAGUUGCUCUUGGUCUAUCAUGUCUAUUUUUAUUAUCGGUGCUGCUGCUUGGGAUGUACUAUUGUUGUGUCUGGAGGCGGCGCAAUGACUAUGAGUUUGGUCUACCUAAUGAAUUAAUGUCUCUUGCUGCAAAAAGAAACAGAUAUCACCGGCAGAAAUCCUUGAUGACCCUUGAAAUGGAGAGUCAACACGCCAAAGGAUUUAUACCAACUUACAGUUCAAAUUAAUUAGCAUUUUCUAGUGAAAGAGAACAAAAUUCUUGACAGGGAUCAGCUCACCAAGACGACGUAGAUAAGAAUGUUGAUCUUGUAGAUACAAAGUGCACAGAAUACGGUGUAAAGAGUGGCACCUCUGCUUGAGAGAAGAUAUGCCAUUCCGGGAGCUUUGGCUUUCUCCGAUCAAUUGUAUGAGGAUGUUGGGGUCUUGGAAAGCCGCAUUCUAUCUGUAAAGAGCAAUGAAUCUCAGUCUGUAUCACGACCAGUUUUGUUGAGAAUUUUAGAUAAAGUCUAUUGAAACUCGUGAAUCUGGUUGAUAUUCUAGCCUAUACCCAAAUUGGGAAUUGAAAUGUUGUUAAUAGUGUCAUCAGGCGCUAUGAUUUUGAUUUUUAUCGUUACAGUCUUUCAUACUUAGGGA